AUGUACCGAUCCAGCGAUCUACAGAUCCAGCGAUCUAUAGAUCCACCGAUCUAUAGAUCCAGCGAUCUACCGAUCCAGCGAUCUACAGCUCCAGUGAUCUACCGAUCCAGCAAACUACCGAUCCAGCGAUCUAUAGAUCAAGCGAUCUAACGAUCCAGCGCUCUACAGAUCUAGAGAUCUAUCGAUCCAGCGAUCUAUAGAUCCAGCGAUCUACAGAUCCAGCGAUCUACUGAUCCAGGGAUCUAUAGAUUCAGCGAUCUAUAGAUCCAGCGAUCUACCGAUCGAGCGAUCUACCGAUGCAGCGAUCUAUAGAUCUAGCGAUCUACAGAUCCAGCGAUCUACCGAUCCAGCUAUCUACAGAUCCAGCGAUCUGCCGAUCUACAGAUCGAGCAAUCUACAAAUCCAGCGAUCUAACGAUCCUGCGAUCUUACGAUCCAUGAAUCUACAGAUCCAGCGAUCUAUAGAUCCAGCGAUCUACAGCUCCAGCGAUCUACCGAUCCACCGAUCUACCGAUCCAGCGAUCUAUAGAUCCAGCGAUCUACAGAUCCAGCAAUCUACCGAUCCAGCUAUCUACAGAUCUAGCGAUCUAUAG